AUGCUAGGAAGAAGAAAUCCAGCACAUAACAGUGCUUUUGACAUUUAUAGAAGGUUCUAUAGUAAUGAUUGCACACAAAAAUAUAAUAAAUAUAAGAAUGAAAUUGAACAAAAAAUUAGUGUGUUUAAAAAGCGUAAGAGUACAAAUUUCAAGGAAUGGGAUACAAUAAAUAAAUUUAUAAUAGAUAAAAAUAAUGAGAUAAAGGAUUGUGUUAGUAAAAAAUAUGUAUCAAUUGAUUAUUAUGGAGAUCCCGAUAUAAAGAAUUUUAGUGAAAUAUGUACUAGUGAUGGUAAAUGUAAUAAUGGAAAUACUCAAGUUAAAAAAUCUCCUGCAACAAAAACAGGAAAAAGAGAAACUUGUAAAAGAGGAACGAAUUGUGGAAAUCAAAUACCAUCAGCAGGUGCAGAAACAAUUACGUUACAAAGAAGACCUCCGGCAAAAAACACUAUAAGAGUAAGUUCACCCAUGCCGGAUCCCAAAAAUCAAGUAGCUGAAGUUGAAGUACCUGGAAAAAGUGUUAAUCUGGGUUCUAGCAGCUCUGAAGAAAACCAGGCUAAGACGCAACAUCUGAUUGUCUCAAAACCUUCUCAAGAAAAUGUACUAGGAACUGCUCCAAGGGAUCAUCCCGUAGAAACAAUCACUAACGGGGAAUCAGGUAGGGGUAAUUCUUCUGAAGUAAGCGAUUCAGAUAAAAACACACUAACAACUAAAUUACUGGAUAAUCAAUCAUUAAGUGAUAAUCCACUUAACCAGCAAAAUACUGUUGGUAAGCUCAAUCUAUGCAGAGAUUGUACUCUUCAAGCCAAUGCUCAACAUAAUGUUGAUACUGCAAUUGUUGUUGAAGAUGUUCCUCCUCAAGGAAAUACUGUUGAAAGAGAUCCUACGGAUGCUGCAGCUAAUGGUUUGGUUCUAGUUGAUGUAGGCCCCCUUGAACAACAUAAAGAUGUAACUACCACUGGUAUUAAACAUCUUUCUGGAGGAUGUGAUAAUAUCGGUGUACCAUAUGCUCAUAAUGAAGAUUCCCCAGAUAGAACUCAUUGUAAUGAAGGAACUAGUGAUCAAGAACCUCACAGUAAAACAAUUUCCAGUAAAGGAGAAAAUAUUGAAUCAUUUAAUGAUAAUAGUAAUAUAAUAGACACACUUAAAGAAUUUUUCGAGGUAAUUUCAAAUAAAGAUCAUAUCAUAAAGGCUUCAGCACCCAUGGGAAUUGUUAUGUUAUUGGGCCUUCUUUUUAAAUUCACUCCUUUGUUGAGGGUUCUUACUAAAAAGAAUAGGAAAAAAGGAGCAGGUAUCAUUGAAGAAUUGAAUAGUGUAGUACAAGAACCUUCAAUUAUGGAUGACGAAAGAAGUAUCCCAUUUUCAUAUGGUGCUUUUGAAUAUUCAUCAUAG